UUGGUUAUAUCAUCCAACAAGCUUUCUUCGGUUCCGCUGGAAAGAAAUCAAAGAAGAGCAAGAAGACUGCCGAAAAGGCUGCUCCUGUUAAGCACCGUGACGAGUCUGGUAACUUGGUUCUUGACGAAUCUUGGAUCCCUGAGCAGCAUCUCAAGAAGGCUUCCAGCCCUAAGCAGUCUCCCAAGACUAGAAAGAGAACUACUCGUACCAAAUAGAUUAGAGGGGAUUUGGUGAAAAAAAAACAGUGUUGUAAUUCACUUGUUUUAUGAUAUUUGUUCUUGGGACUCUCCAUAGAGCCCGCGUACCAUAAAAACUCUAUACCGUUUUAUUUUUUUUCCCAGUAGACUCCAUUUUUUUUACAUUCAGUGUUGAAUCUAUGCCAUCACCAUUACAUAUCGAGAACAUAUUGUACACCAUCUUUGAACAAAUAGACGUCGUAUCGUUAACUCAUUGCAUAGGCGUAAGUCGACUGUUUGCUUCCACUGCCAACUCCUCGAGAUUGUGGAAGCGUCACGUUGCAGAAAGAUGGAAGCGAUGGCCCAUUCCGACGGAUCCGGCUUGUAACUGGCGUAAGGAAUUCAUUGAGCGAAUACAAGUCGAUAUGUUUGUAGAGCAUACUUUACAAGACAUACUUCACAAUGAAGAAACACAAUGCGCCAAGAUCAUUCUCUUAGCAGACGAAUAUCGUACCAAGGCAUUGGAUGUCUUGACCUCUAUUUACAACAAUAAAGAAGAGUCAUCCAUUACCGAGAGAUACUAUGCUGGACGGAUUAUCCAUCGUAUCAAGAAACGGCUGGCUGAUGACUUCUGGCGCACGCAACCUAGGCUUGGAGCAGGAACAAAUGGACCACCGCCAACUGCGCCGACCUAUGUCGGCAUGGCUGUAUUAGCCAAUGCCAUAGACCCUGUGAAUGAUAUGGACGUUCAUAACCAAAUCGUGUCGCUCGCCAAGCAAUUUGAAGAAGGCUAUUUGAGUACACCGACCGUGAAUGAAUUUGAGAAAGUGCAGCGUCUCGUGCAGUUCCUUCAUUUGGAGAAGGGAUUCGGAGCUGCUGACAUUUACUAUGACAUCCAGAACAGCUUGAUACAUUCGGUUCUCCGACAUAGGAGAGGCAUUCCGUUAUCUCUGGCAGCGGUUUUCCAAGCUAUUGCUCAUGCUACGAAUAUUUUAGGAGUCGAUAUUAUGAGUUUUCCUGGGCAUGUGGUCGUUCGGCACACAGAGCCAAGUACAGAACGACAAAUGUUCAUCGACCUUUUCCAAUGUGUAAGAGACCUCAAAGCACGAGAUGCAAUCAGCAUCGAAGACAUAGAGGAUACUUACAAAAAAUGCAUCUUUACCCAAGAACAAUGCGAAAAUCAGUUGAUCCUCCGAUAUGGCGUGGCUGUUCGGAUCAAUGCAGGGCCAGGCAUGACACCGAAUGAAAUUUAUGCGCGGUGUAUGCGAAAUAUCAUGAAUGCUGACGCAAAUACUCAAAUCCGUGGCCGUGAUGAUUACAUACGUCUCAAUUUAAUGCUCACAAGGUAUUCCACUUCCCUGCAAAUGGCUCUCAGCUACCCACCGUCCCGUCUUCAACUGGAAGACUUUUGCAUCAAGAUUGCGAAAAAACUCAAAAGAAAACCCAGGAUCUAUGACCAUGUUGCAGAACAUCACGUAUGGCCAGUGGGAACUAUCAUUGUAAAGGGAUCCAAUGGCCCAUGUGGAGUUGUUAUUGGAUGGGAGCUAAACUAUGACAACGACUUUGAUCAACCUACCACGAUACACAAGGUCUUCCUUGAAAGUACGCAAAUUGAAACAUUAGAUUUCCGGCCAGGCCUAUGCGACAUUCGAAGAAAUAUGGAGUUGCGCUUUGUUCCAAACGAUAUACUGCAAGUCUCGUACCCAAACGAUUAUACUGCAUCACCAAUAUCCAACAUUUAAUAGGGAAUGUCGCCGUAUAUAACUUAAUAUGUUACCAGUCAGUUGUACAGUAGUGAAGGUGUAACGAUUUCCUUCCGAAUCGUCUGAUAUAUAAACAAAAUUGUACAAAUAUUGCUGUAAUCAAUCUAUGCUAUGCACUACACUACAAUUAUUACGCUAGGUUUGUUUCU